AUGGAGGAAACUGAGCAGACAACGCUCUCAAAGUUCGUCAAACGUCGUGGUUCCCAUGCUAAGGUUGAUUCAGAAGUUGUUUCUUAUAUUUGUCACCGGUCUGGUAAGUUUGUGUCUAGAGGAAAAAACGUGCGAUGUCUUAAAUUGCAAGGUAGUAGUAAGAUUGAUGCACUGUGCCCUGCUAAGAUGAGAGUAGAUAUGAAAAAGAAUGGAACCUGCUGUGUGAAAUAUGUUUCAACCCAUGUUGGCCACAAAUCCGAGUUAUGUCAUCUGCAACUAACAAAAAGAGAAAGGGAAAGUAUUGCUGCAGAUAUAGCAAGUGGCAUACCAUUCUCUGUCAUAUUAGACAAAAUUCGAGAUACAGUUGUAGAUUCGAACUUGGAAAGGAUACAUUUGAUUACGAGACAGGAUCUACAUAAUAUAGAUCAGUCUUAUAAUUUGUCCUUCAAGUCAAUAAGACACCAUAAUGAUGCAAUAAGUGUAGAAGCAUGGGUAAAUGAAGUAAAUGGUGGAGACAGUCCUUGUGUGCUUUUCUAUAAACCACAGGAUGUAGUCCUUGAUUCGUACCCACAAUUAAAGCGCUCUGAUUUUGCAUUGAUAAUUAUGAACAAUGCUCAAGGCGAGAUAUUAAAGAAAUAUGGGAACGACUGCGUUUGUGUUGAUGGGACACAUGGUCUUAAUGGAUAUAAUUUUGAACUUAUAACUCUACUAGUGCUAGACAAUCUAAGACAAGGGUUUCCAUGCGCGUUUCUAAUAUCUAACAGGAAUGACUCCCAGAUGCUGUCCAUAUUUUUCCAGCACAUAAAGAGGCAGGUUGGAUCAAUUUCGCCAAAUGUUUUUGUGUCGGAUUUGGCCGAGUCUUUCUUUAUUGCAUGGAAUGAUGUCAUGACAGCUCUAUCUAUGCGACUUUAUUGUACAUGGCAUGUUGAUAGAUGUUGGAGGAAGAAUAUCAAAUGUAAGAUUCAAGGUGUAGAAAAACAAGGUGAAGUAUAUAAGCAAAUCAGAACUUUGAUGCAUGAGCAGGAUGUAAAUUCAUUUGAUGAGAUGUUAAAUAUUGUGCUAGAGAGAUUGGAAUGUGAUCCUGAUACAGUUCAAUUUGCCACAUACUUCCGAGACAACUAUGUUGGGAAUGCAAAUUGUUGGGCAUAUUGCCAUAGAUUGAAUGCUGGAAUCAAUACCAACAUGCAUAUAGAAAGAAUGCAUCGCACUAUUAAAUAUAUAUAUCUAGGUAGUAAAUGUGUCAAGCGUUUAGACAAAGCUAUUUUUGCAUUGAUGUCAUUUGUGAAGCACAAGCUGUUUGACAGGCUUAUUGUGCUAAAUAAAGGUAAACUGACAAGUAAACUUAAGGACAUUCGCCUUCGGCAUUAA